UGGAGCCGAGAAGGAGAAUUCCAGGUGUUGCAAGCCUUAGGGGCCAGCGUAGUUUUCCUUAAGAAAUGAUAUUUGAAGAACAAUCUCAACAGCAAAAUGGAGGUUAACUAAGGGAAGAGGCAGGGAGGAGCGUCCCGGCAGAGGGAAGAGCGCCUGCAGAGGCCCUGGGUGGGAAGGACCCUGCAGCAUCUGAGGAUCUAAAUGAAGCCGGAGGAGGCAGGGGCAACCUCAAGCACAGGGCCUCGCGCCAACCCUAAGGAGUUCUGAUCUUUAAAGGAAUAGCCAGCAGCCUUACAGGGUUUCAAGGCGCGAAUGCCACGAUCGGAUUUACCUGGCCCGCGGCUACAGAGCAGCCCUCCUUACAGCCUGGAGAAAAUGACAGAUCUCGUAGCUGUUUGGGAUGUUGCUUUAAGUGAUGGAGUCCAUAAGAUUGAAUUCGAACAUGGGACCACAUCAGGCAAACGAGUGGUAUAUGUAGAUGGGAAGGAAGAGAUAAGAAAAGAAUGGAUGUUCAAAUUAGUGGGCAAAGAAACCUUCUGUGUUGGAGCUGCAAAGAUGAAAGCAACCAUAAAUAUAGAUGCUGUCAGUGGUUUUGCUUAUGAAUAUACUCUGGAAAUUAAUGGGAAAAGUCUCAAGAAGUAUAUGGAGAACAGAUCAAAAACUACCAAUACUUGGGUAUUACAUUUGGAUGGUGAGGACUGUAGAGUUGUGCUGGAAAAAGACACUAUGGAUGUAUGGUGCAACGGUAAAAAACUGGAGACAGCAGGUGAGUUUGUAGAUGACGGGACUGAAACUCACUUCAGUAUUGGGAACCAUGACUGUUACAUAAAGGCUGUCAGUAGUGGGAAGCGGAAAGAAGGGAUUAUUCAUACUCUCAUUGUGGAUAACAGAGAAAUCCCAGGGAUUCCUGAAUGACUUCAUGUUAAUGAAUUUUAAUCUUAACAAGUAAAGAUCAGGACUUUUUAAUUACUGUGGUGAUUAAAUAUGUUCAGUAUGUACUUUUCAGUACAUCUAGUCGCCAUGUCUUUAUGUUUUAGUUACUUGAAACUGUAAUGUUCCAAAGGUCAGGAAAAAAAUUAUGUAUCAUAAAUAUUGCAAUUUAUUUUGUAAAUAAUGUAAAAUGUUUUAAUGUCAAAUGGAAAAUAAGAUACGGACC